AAGAAAUCUCAUUAGGGGAAGGGGAAGUCGUGGUUGAAACAGGCCUUUUCUCUGUAUUUCGUGCGCGACGUUGCUUAACAAAACAUAAGCAACAUGUCGAUUCGACCAGUGUACAGGCCCAAAAUCACAAAAAAAAGAACAAAGAAGUUCAUCAGACAUCAAAGUGACCGAUAUGACAAGCUUAAGCGUAACUGGAGGAAGCCUAAGGGUAUUGACAACAGAGUACGUAGGCGUUUCAAAGGCCAGUACUUGAUGCCCAACAUUGGUUAUGGUAGCAACAAAAAGACCCGUCAUAUGCUUCCUACUGGAUUCAGGAAAGUCCUUGUACACAAUGUUAAGGAAUUGGAAGUUCUUAUGAUGCAGAACCGUAAAUUCUGUGCAGAAAUUGCUCAUGGUGUCAGCAGUAAGAAGCGCAAAACCAUUGUUGAACGUGCCCAGCAACUGUCUGUUCGUGUGACAAAUGCGAAUGCACGCCUUCGUUCUGAGGAAAAUGAAUAAACUACAAUUUUAUAAAAAUAUAUCUAAUUUAAAAAAAAUA